AUGUCGUCCACUUCUAAAUCCAGCACCGGUGAGUCGAAAACUGUCUCCCAUCCUCCUUCAAUGGCUUCAAGCGCCUACCAGCGUUUGAUCACAACGCCUGCGAUUCAGGCUAUGAAUGAUAACUUCGCGAGAAAUGUUAUGCGUAUGUUUGGGAGCACGAUGUCUGCGGCUACUGUUGUGGAGCAGGAACAAGGAGAAGAGACAGAAGAAGAACAAGAAGUAGAGACGGAAGCGGAAUCGAGAGCGGAGGUGCAGGUUGCACCAAAACCUUACAAAGGAAAGGGAAAGAUGAGGGCAAGCGAAGCAGAAGUGCGGGUGCAAGAGGGUGUAGCACUAAACCCGAAGCCCUGGAAAGGGAAUGGAACGGAGAAUGCUUUACCACAGCGAGGGCUGUAUACUACUCUUCCUCCUGCCAAAGCAAAAGCCAAAAGAUCACCCAAACUCCGCAUUCCAGCACGGAUCUGGAAUGAAGUUGUUGCCGAGCGUGUUCAUGAUGGAAGAGAGUUUGAGAGCAAAACUUCAAAGCGUGAUCGUACCGAUAGCGACUCCGACCAAGAGAAACAGCGAAAGAAAAGGAAUGGAACAAAACGGCAAAGGGCCUUGAAGUACAACAGCGAAUCUGGACAAAUUUCCCGUGUUGGGACUGCAUCAAGUUCUCGGGAUGAACCUCCACUAAAACGACCCGCUCGUCAACCAGACCAUCCCCCUGCUACUGCUGUUGCUUCGAGCAGUAAUCCGUAUAAGAAACAGUACUCCAACACCCGACGCUCAGCCCCCCUUCCGCGUUCCCCCAUCCACAUAAAAGCCAAACCGCUCCCAAGACCAGAACCCAAAUCUGCACUCCAGCUCCCGCUCCCCUUAUCUAUUCCCACCCUCUCGAUUUCUCCCUUGGACUAUGAAGGUCCUAGAGCCGCAUGGCGACGCCUCUUCCCCGGUGAAGGCGAGAUGCGCGAUUACAAGGGUGUACCGGACGCAUGGCAUGAUAAGAUGCUUUGGCAGCAGGCUGAGCCUGGGAGAGGAUGGAGGGCGAGAAGGGAAGAUGAGCUGUAUGUUAAGAAGGUGUUGAGAUUUAUGUGGAACUUUGACGGGCGGGAGAGGAUAGCAAGGUGGAAUGAGUGUGUUGAGAAGGCGGAGAGGAAGAGGGUCGCGCAGUUGAUGUUUGUGGGAAGUGGGUAA